AUGCCUUCAUUUGCAACAGACAAGAAGCUCAACUUCUCAAGGAAUUGGUUUCUCAUGGCUCUUGCCCUCAUAUUUUGCUCAAAGGACCCUCAGCUGUCUCAUGAUUUAAGACACUUCCCUAUUCAGGACCAAAGCCUUAAGAAAGUCUCUGUACCCAUAACAUCCAGUCCUCAUCACAUGGAGCUAGAUGUAAAUUCAGAACCAAAUGACAAAUAUGCUUUAAUGGGAUUAAUCAAAGAAAUAAGCAAUAUAUAUGCUAUUGCCCCUGAAGUAAGCAAUAUUAAUUUCAAGUCAGAUUUUAAAGUAAUAGUUCUUUAUGAUGUCCACAAAGCUGUAGAUAACAUUCAGCACAUUAUCAAAUGGGUAGACCGCUAUUCUGAUAUAUGCAAAUUAGUACUCUGCUGUGAAGAUGAUGCAGACAUGAUUGAAGCUGUGAAAAAUCGGUUCAAAACUGUACUAGUUGAUGCUCCUCAAGCUCACCAAGUUGUUGAGGUUCUUAUGCAGAUAGCAAAGAAUGAGAAAUUUGAUCUGUCCAUGAACUUUGCUACGAAGAUUGCUACAAAAUCUAAGCAGAACCUCAGAAAAGCAAUCAUGGCUCUGGAAGCAUGCAAAGCACACAAGAGCUUCCGACUGGAAACAUUUACUUUAACAUUCCUAGAAAAUUGUCUCCAUAGACUAAAUAGGGUACUAUGA